AUGUCCAGGCGCUCAAGCAUUGCGCCGAGCUUCUCGAGCGACCGUCCCUCAGUCGCGAGCUCUGUGACUUUUCAGAUGCCCACCACGGUGCGCCCGACGCCCGCGUACAUCGCGGCCUCGGUCGCGUCGCAGAUGGUCACGGACAACCACAACGCGCAACUGCGCCAGACCGACUCUGAACACGAAGAGUUGGAGAACGCCAUCUUUUCGGAGCAAGCCCUCUCGCUGCUCAAUGGCUUCCUCGAUCACUUAUUAUUUGCCUUUCUAUCCACCGCACGCUCGCCGUCCCUUACCGCCAUCCGACCUGCUAUCUCCGAGGUGCUGAAGCCACGCCUAGCUCGUGAAGCAGCAGAGGCCGCCGACGAAGAGCUCCAGGGACUGCUGUCAGGAGAGGACGACGAGGAGUUCUCUCCCACAGACGGCGGUAGGGCGAUUGAUCGAUGGGACAUCGAGAAGGUAUGGAAGCGCACACGUCUGCGGAUAAUGGUUUACACACGCUUGGGCGAGAUGGAAGAUGAGGACGAGGACAAGUACGUUCAGCAGGAGCGUGGGCUGAGCAUGGACGACGAUGAGGACGAAGAGGCUGGCCUUGUGUCAUGGGCUUCUGCGAUCUUCCUUACGUCUGUUGUGGAGUACGUCGCCGAGCAGACACUGCUUGUCGCAGGACAGGCAGCCUACGCUCGCAUGGCGUCCAGGGCGAAGAAGGCUCAGCACCCGGAGGAGACUGAGGAAGGGGCUCUGGAGCGACUGGUUAUCGAGGAGCCUGACGUCGAGAAGAUCGCUCUGAACUCGGCACUUGGCCGAUUGUGGAGGACUUGGAGGAAACGCGUGCGAUCCUCGCUUCAGCCACUUUCCCCAAGUCGCGGCAUCCGACCCAACUCGAGCUACACGAGCCUCCACCGACGAGGAAGUAGCCAAGCUACUGCAGACGACUCCUACCGUGUUGAACCGACGCACGUUUCCGAGCGUGCUCCUACCGAGACAGACAUCGCGGCUAACAUACCACUACCGAUGGGAGCGAGGGACAUCGACGAGAUUGAGGUGCCAGGUCUGGCUCGGACCUAUGAGGAUGCAGAGAGCAGCGGCACGCAAACGCCAGUAUCGCGACCUCAACGACCAAGUAGUGUUAUCAUGCUUGCUCCUGCUGAGACCUUUCGCCGAAGACACAACAAGGAGCGACCUUCAUCAAUGCCUGGCCCAGAAGUGUCGCCCUUCGCUGUACCUCCACAGUCUUACUUGAAAGAGAAUGAGGGCCAACUAGAGACCCCGUUCGAAACCCCAAUGACGAGCAACUUCAACCGUAACUCCUACAUUGGCGACGAAAACAGAGUAGAACCUCUGCUUCUGCCGCACAAGGGCGAGGGCGAUGCCCAUGAUGCUAUGCUGGCUUCUGCUCUGGGCACCUCUCCCAAGAUUGAGCGCAACUUGAUCAAUACCAGUAGUUUGGAGAAGAGUGACGUGGAGCCUGACACACCCAACUCGGCGACUUCGACCACUUCAGAUACCUACGAUGUCGAGCCGAAGGUCUUGCAGUCCAAGAGAAUGUCGAUCGGAAGGAGCGGCCCUCCAGGCAUCGUGCGCGCCUUCUCCACACGAAGCAACAGCCUCAAGUCGCCGCAGGAAACACCUACAGUAACACCAAUGGCCUCAACCCAUGCUGAGGCGAGAUCUUACCUUGAUGAUCACUCUGAUGACAAAGACGUCGAAGGGCCUCAGGCUAUUGGCGUGGCGAAAACAUCAGAUGUGCCCAUUCGGUCGUCACCCACUCCUUCUGUCGAGCCAUGGUCUGAGCGAGCCAAGGUCGUGCCUGCACAGGGUGGAUAUGUCGAAGUGCAGCCCACGCCUCGAUCCGUACCGUCACGCAACACACCCACACCUGACUCGAAGCCCACGAUACCUGAACGUUCUGUCGCACGCAACGAUGUUCUCAAACGUGCUAGUCCCAGCAUCGGCAGCGGUGUAGGUCCAGCUGCUGUCGCAGGUACCACAAGCCCACUACGCCGACGAGAUACAACUCCUCCAACAUCAGGACGCACAUCCUUGCCGUCUCUGCAAGAAGUCGAGUACUACAGGCCUCAGCAGGUCGUUGCUAGUGAGCAGACAGCCCGACGAAACAGCUCCACCUUUAGCAACCGAAGCCGUACGCAGAGUCCCCAUCUUGGACGAGAUGCUGCUGUGACAAGGACCGAGCGACAAGUUCCUCGUCGUUCUACAGAGGAGUCUUUGCGCUCUCAAUCUGCGGCUGGUGGUUCGAUCAUGGAGAAGCCAGGCGUCAAGCGUGUGGGCUCGACUUCUUCAAAGAAGUCUGGUAGUAUUCAUCGCUUGCCUGCCGCUCGCGACUCUGAUCCUCAGCUGUCUCGCAACCUUGGCGGACGCAUGUCUGAAGAAGACAGAGAACGCCAGUUUGAGGAGUUUGUGCAAGGCAAAGAGACUGUCAAGUACACUUUGACACCGGAAAACAUGCGUGCUCUAGAUGCAGAACCUGAGCGCCCCACCACUGCUUCGGUGACGGUGUACCCUCGCGUCGAUGCCGACAAAGACAACUCGUUCGGUGCAAACGCGCUUCCCGCCAAGCCCACCAGUAAGGGUAGGGAUCCUGGCGUUCCCAACCACAAGCCUUCACUGAGCAGAAAGGUCAUUACGAGGCCGCUUGCCAGAGAGCCGCGCAUCGAGUCGGAGUCUAUGCGAGACUUCGCCGACUUUAUUCGAUCGACUGGUCCUUCGCCAGGCCAAGAGAAGACUGUACAGCCUUUCGUUAACAUCAGUGGCAAUGGCCUGAAAUCGCCUAAUGGCUCUUCCACUUCUGUUGGUCGGAAGUCAUCGACCAAGCAGUCGAGCACUCAUACCAUCGAUGGACCAUCGACGAGACCUCGUGUCAACAUGGAGCCACGCAGCCCGGCUGGCCUCAGUACUGGUAACGAUGAUUUGAUAGACUUCAUUCGUCAGGGGCCGUCGAAUGGCCCAGAGGGACAGCCCAGGAUACCACGAUCAGUUGCUCCAUUCCGCACGACAGUUGACUCGGAUCAGUUCGAAAAUAUGUUGGCAGGCCAUGGUAACGUUGAGUCAGCGUAUGGCUCUAAGGCUUCCACGCUCAACUCGCAACAUUCGAUCCAGACUUCCAACUCGAGGACUGGACUCAUUGCUCCACCAAACGUAGUGCAGCCUGCUUACUCGAACACCUCACAGAACCAGUCCGGUAGCAUGACCUUAAGCUCAGAGCCUGUAAUCACCCGCACUCGCAGACGCAUCAAGGACCCUUACGCGAUCGACCUCUCUGAUGAGGAAGAUGAGGACGAAGACCAACUGACUGCUCUUCCUCCCUCGAACAAGCCAUCUGCGCCGAGACAAGAGAGCCUUGUGGAUUUCCUCAACGAGAUGGAGCCACCAUCUGGACCGUCCGCUGGCAAACCCCAGCCGUUGAUGCUCAGUCAGGAGACUAUCGCUAUGGCUAAGACACGUGCGAACAGUUCGAACUCUUCCCUCUCUUCUUCGGCCACAGCAACACGCAGUAACGGUGCCGGCAACGGUGCUGCACCACCCAUGGGUUUCCCAUCUUCGAGUGGUGGAGAGGCUAUGCGCGCUCACAAGCCCAAAGUUGCAGCGCGAGCACCUGUCGUCGGUGAUGUGCGUGCGAACCGUACGGCAACUAGCGAUCUUGCUGACUUCCUGCGCAAUUCUGGACCCCCUGAGCCCGUAGGACCUCCACCUGGUGCUCGAAAGGAAGAGGAGAAGAAAAAGAGCAGCAAUAUGAAGUUCUGGAGGAAGAACAGGGAGAAGACGUACGUCACUGUCUUCUUCCCGAAAUCGACUCAAGAUGUCUCCAUAAUUCUGAAAGCAUGCAAUGAGCGCCGUAUAGCUGUCACCUCAUUCUCUGGUGGCACAAGUUUUGGCGGCGCGUUGACAUCAACAAGAGGCGGGGUAUGCAUCAGCUUCGAACACAUGAAAGGCAUUAUUGCCUUGCAUGAAGACGAUCUCGAUGUCGUAGUGCAGCCUGGCUUAGGCUGGGUGGAGGUGAACGAGCAGUUGAAGGAAAAGGGCAUUUUCUUUCCUGUGGACCCGGCGCCAGGCGCAAGCAUAGGCGGCAUGAUCGCGAUGAGCUGUUCGGGCACGAAUGCGUAUCGUUACGGUACGAUGAAAGAGUGGGUUAUCUCUUUGACUGCGGUGCUUGCGGAUGGAACGAUUGUCAAGACACGCCGCCGAUCACGGAAAUCAGCUGCUGGGUACGAUAUCGCUCAUCUGGUCAUCGGGUCGGAAGGUACGCUUGCGCUAGUCACGGAAGCAACACUCAAACUCGCUGUGCUGCCACAAAACCUGCACGUUGGUCUCGUGACGUUCGAUACAUUUCAGCAAGGUGUCGACAUUGUUGUCGCUCUGCAGAAAGCUGGGCAUCAACUGGAAGCACUGGAACUAGCAGACGGCCCACAAGUCCACGCGAUCAACUAUUCCAAACUCGCUCGUGUGCAGAUGGCUGAGAAACCUACCCUUUGGCUCAAGUUCGCUGGCUCAUCACUCCAGCUUGUCAAAGACCAAAUUGAGACCGUCAAAACCCUCUGCAAGAAGCAAAAGGCGCUAACAUACGAGAUCACGUCUGACAAAGCGCGCAUCGACAUCCUUUGGGGCGCUCGGAAAUGUAUCGGCCACGCACUGGUCGCAAUGAAGAAGGACCCAACGGAUCUGUUCAUGCACUCUGACUGCGCUGUCCCAAUCUCCAAUCUUGCUGCUCUCGUGGAAGGGACACAGAAGCUCAUCCAGGAAGCGAAUGCAGCCAACCAAGCAUCUUCAUCGGACUCUAAGCACCCAUGGUUCUGUGCCAAUGUCGGGCAUUUGGGUGAUGGGAAUGUGCACUCAUCGAUCAUCUGUUCUGCAGCUGAUAAGCCGAGAGUUGAUGAAGUACUGAAGAAGGUGGCAAGGCUUGCGCUGAGUUUGGAGGGUACGGUGACUGGAGAGCAUGGCGUUGGACUGAAGCAGAGGGAUGCGCUGGUUGAUGAAGUUGGAACUGAGGGAAUCGAUAUGAUGAGGAGGAUGAAAGCAGCGCUUGAUCCUAGAGGUAUACUGAACCCUGACAAGGUAUUCAGACUGGAAGAUGUUGAAAAUUUGGCCCGGAAAGCCAAGCUGUAG